UGAGAGGGCGGCGGUAGCGGCGGCGGCCAAGACCCAGACAUCUGGGACUGUUGUUGUUCUCUCGAGGUGGGACCGCCUCAGUCCGUUCGCCCAGAGAGACCAGCAGCUCGUCUAGUGGGAAGGAGGCGGCCUCGUAACCCCUCUCUCCUGUUUCCCCAAAGCUGCGGCAAGACCUGGCACAAACGUCCUGCGGUUGGUCUCCGAUGCCUUUCAGUGAGGAGGGGUCGUCGAGGUCCCGGUGAGCGCACGUCAGGCUCCUCUAGCUCGGUGUCUUCGCUGGAUCCCCAUUCAUGCACCCUAGACUGGCUGCCAUGACUGAAAACGCAGAGGGAGACCUGAACUCCAACCUGCUCCACGCCCCCUAUCACACUGGGGACCCUCAGCUAGACACAGCCAUCGGGCAGUGGCUCCGUUGGGAUAAGAAUCCAAAAACAAGAGAGCAAAUUGAAAAUCUGUUAAGGAAUGGGAUGAACAAGGAGCUGCGAGAUAGGCUUUGUUGCCGAAUGACUUUUGGAACUGCAGGACUUCGUUCUGCUAUGGGGGCAGGAUUUUGCUAUAUUAAUGAUCUUACAGUAAUACAAUCAACACAGGGGAUGUACAAAUACCUUGAGAGAUGUUUCUCAGACUUCAAGCAAAGAGGCUUUGUAGUUGGGUAUGACACACGGGGUCAAGUAACUAGCAGCUGCAGCAGCCAGAGGCUUGCUAAGCUAACUGCUGCAGUCUUACUGGCCAAAGAUGUUCCUGUGUAUCUUUUUUCAAGAUAUGUUCCUACACCUUUCGUACCAUAUGCAGUCCAGGAACUCAAUGCAGUUGCAGGUGUGAUGAUUACGGCAUCUCACAACCGCAAAGAAGACAAUGGAUACAAGGUUUAUUGGGAAAAUGGUGCUCAGAUCACAUCUCCUCAUGAUAAAGAAAUUUUAAAAUGUAUAGAAGAAUGUGUGGAACCCUGGAAUGGUUCUUGGAAUGAUAAUUUAGUGGAUACCAGCCCACUAAAGAGAGAUCCUUUGCAGGACAUUUGUAGAAGAUACAUGGAUGAUCUGAAAAAGAUCUGUUUUUACAGGGAAUUAAACUCAAAGACCACCUUGAAAUUUGUACAUACAUCUUUUCAUGGAGUUGGACAUGACUAUGUACAAUUGGCUUUUCAAGUAUUUGGUUUUAAGCCUCCAAUUCCAGUACCAGAACAAAAAGAUCCUGAUCCAGACUUUUCUACUGUUAAAUGCCCAAAUCCUGAAGAAGGAGAAUCUGUACUGGAACUUUCUUUGAGACUGGCAGAGAAAGAAAAUGCCCGGAUAGUGCUGGCUACAGAUCCUGAUGCAGACCGACUGGCAGUGGCAGAACUUCAGGAGAAUGGUGUUUGGAAAGUUUUCACGGGGAAUGAGCUGGCUGCGUUGUUUGGGUGGUGGAUGUUUGAUUGCUGGAAGAAAAGCAAAUCAAGAAAUGCUGAUGUGAAGAACAUUUAUAUGUUAGCCACCACAGUCUCUUCCAAAAUUUUGAAGGCAAUUGCACUAAAAGAAGGAUUUCACUUUGAGGAAACAUUACCAGGUUUUAAAUGGAUUGGAAGUAGGAUAAAAGACCUCCUGGAAAAUGGGAAAGAAGUCCUUUUUUCAUUUGAGGAGUCUAUAGGUUUUCUGUGUGGAACUUCCGUUUUGGAUAAAGAUGGUGUGAGUGCAGCCGUUGUUGUUGCUGAGAUGGCAUCUUACCUGGAAACCAUGAACAUAACAUUGAAACAGCAACUGAUUAACGUUUAUGAAAAAUAUGGUUAUCAUAUUUCAAAAACUUCAUAUUUCUUAUGUUAUGAUCCAACUACCAUCAAAAGUAUAUUUGAAAGGCUUCGCAAUUUUGAUUCUCCAAAAGAAUACCCGAAGUUUUGUGGGACAUUUGCUAUAUUGCACGUACGCGAUAUUACCACUGGAUAUGACAGCAGCCAGCCUAAUAAGAAAUCAGUGCUGCCUGUAAGCAAAAGCAGCCAAAUGAUUACAUUUACUUUUCAAAAUGGCUGUGUUGCUACUCUUCGGACUAGUGGAACAGAACCGAAGAUAAAGUAUUAUGCAGAGAUGUGCGCAUCACCUGACCAGAGUGACACUGCCUUACUAGAAGAGGAAUUGAAGAAACUGAUUGAUGCUUUAAUUGAGAAUUUUCUUGAGCCCAAUAAAAAUGGACUGACCUGGCGUUCUGUUUAGCCUUCACCAGAACAUCGUUGCUUUGCCCCGGUCUGUGGAGCAGAGCAACCAAGAACUCCAUGCAUUGAACUCAUGUUAGCAUUCUCUCUGUGUGUCAUCUGGCCAAGUAUCUUUUUCCUUUAUUUUCUUUCUUUUUGGUUGGCUAGCUAAACUGUAUAAAUAUGAAAUGAAAUGGCUGGAAAGAAAUAAUACAAAUUUUUUCAUAAUCCUGAACAAAAGUCAUUACAUUAAAAGUAUUAUGGUAACACGUCAUUCUUCCUUCAACAGAAACAAAAUACAAAUGUGAGUGUUCUUAUUCAAGUGUGAUUAAGCUUAGUUAUAUAUUCUUGUGAUUGUGUAUAGCACAGUUUUUCUUAAAGGAAGAUAAAUGUAUAAUUGUAGAGUUAGUUAAGGAAAUGAAUCCAUAAGAUUGGCAAGGAAGUGGCACUGCUCCCAGAAUACUGUGGAAAAGUGUCAUUGUCCAUCGCAGGUAUUAACUUACAAAUUAGAGUAUUUGAAAUAGGAUAUUUAGCAUUUCUAGGUUAGAACAGGUGUUAUAAUUUGUGGUUUCAGCACCUCUGUUUCAGGUGCUCUUGGUGCAGUGUAAAUUUAUUGUAUUUAUUUAAAAUUCUAACAUUUAUCAAACAUAAAACAAUAGUGGCAACACUCCUAGUGGCUUGGUUCUUUCUCAGUGCCUUUUCAAGGCAUGGUUUGAAUUGAAAUAGUGUUCUUCCAUUGAGUAUAAUUUAAUCACUUAAUUUGCAGACAGUUAAAGAAAGUCUUCCAAACUAUGUAGGUACUUUUCCUCUAUUUAAAAUAGAUCGUUGAUUUAAAAAUCUUAUGAAUGUAAGUAAAAAUCUUAAUAAAAACAGGCUCAGUAUAGCUAAAGAUCUUCAUGUUAGAAUUGUCUCAGCACAGCCUCUAAGUAAAGAAAAAUACUGGAACUAAGAAAGGAGCUGUGAAUUUUUAAUUUAAAAGUCUGACCUUUAAAUUACAUUUUUUUUACAGCCCUUCAUUUUUGUAAAAUUUAAAUUUAUUCAUUUUAAUUGGAGGCUAAUAAGAAUAUUUGUUUCUUUAUCACAUAAAGUAGUGCUCAUUUUACUAAGAAAUAAAACAUCCAGAUUUUAGAUCUUACAAAACAAGCUACAUGUUUUAAAACUAAAGUCCAGUUUAUCCUAACAUCUUGCUGACUUCUGUAGAGUCAUGAGUAAUAUUUAUCUCUUUUAGUGGGGGAAAAUUUUUUGGGAGGGGAAUGUCACUUUUGGUUGAUUCUGCAUCUCUAGAAAAGAGUUAAUAGAGAAGUGUUGUUUAAUCUUCUCAAAGUGUAUUCUGUCCUGUAUUGCUCACAGGGUACUUAGCACACAUGGUAUAGUUAAGAGUUAACCAUCAUGAGGCCUUGGAUGUAUGUAAUUAUACUAAACAAAUUGCCUGUGGGAGAUAACUGGUAUGAGAGAAUUUAUUUCCUUGAAAAAUAAUAUAAAAUUAAACAGACUAGAAUAUUUGUUAAAUCAUGGUUUGAUUUAUUGCAGUUAUCAGCUAACAUUUGGCUGACUCCAGAUAAUCCAAAUGUGAUUUUCAAAUUACUGUAUUGCCACUAUUGUUCAUGUGUUCCUUCCUUCCUUUCUUAUAGCUGAAUCUUGUGUGACUGUAGAUAAUAGAGCUAAAUGUAGAAUACUAUUCCUGAAUGAGUUUGUUUCCAAAGGCUUUGCACUAAAGAAGAAAUGUGUAGAAUGUUUUGCUUUAUUUGCUUUUAGGAAUGUAGAUUGUCAUUUAGGAAAUGGCCUAUAUUCUACAAAGUAGUAUGAACAAUGCUAUAUAUAUAUGAAAAAUAAUGUAUAUUCUGUUUUAGUAUCUGUGUUUCAGUGACUGAAGAACAAAAUGGAGCUAAAAUGAUACAACAGCUCAUUCAUAAUCACUAAAGCCAUGCUUGUCAUUCUAUUAUAAAGAGAACAGUUUUGAAUGCAACAAUAUAAUGCAACAGGAGUCAUCUUAACCAAGGUGAAAAGUCAUUAAGGCUUGGGUUCUUAUGUCAAAAAUUUAAAUAUCCAAAGUUAAAAUUUUACAAAUGUUCUCAGAGUAUAGAUUGAGGGAGUUAUUUGAUUCUAGCCAAGCUCUUGAGCAUGAUAUUUAACAAGAGCCCAUAGUGGGUGUACACUUGUCAACAAAAUAAAUUCAGUAGCCCAAGACAACCAAGAAAAAUAGAAGUACUGGCCAGUAGGGCUCAGCCUUAGGAUCUACAUUAUCUUUUUCUUUAUGAACAGUAUCAUGGAAAUGAAUGCCUUCUCAUUAAGUGUGUAGAUCAAAACUGCUAUUUUUCUAGAGCUUUGAGGAAAAGAAAAGAAUUAAUCAGGCAAGCUUAAAGCACUAGAAAUAAACAGUAGAAAUAAACAAGAGAAAAGUCAGUAAAGUGGCAGAGAAAAUGCUUCAUGUGAAGAGCAAACUUACCACCUGAAAAGUGGGAAAUGAACUGGCUGUGGGCAAGUUGUUUACUUGUUGUUAUGAUGAGUAGAUAGUGAUGCUUUUGUCUCCUUUAUUUAGUGACUGCUAAGAAGCAGCCAGGGAGGCCUUUGAGGCGGUGAGAAAAAGUACCCCUCAUAGGAUUCAGUUCCUGUUAGGAUGUUAUGUUUUCGGAUUGUACGGGAACUGGAGAGGGGUGAAUAUAGCAGAAAUAAAAAGGAAUGAAAUAUAGAUUGAAAAAUAAGACCUAUAAGAAAAAGCACAAAUGAUUAAGAUCAUUUAACUCAGAGAGGAGGAAGUUGUUGAGAUAGUUUAGUAAAUCUUGAGUUAUUAUUUAAAUCUUUUAUUGAAGAACUCAAAAUAAGAGGUAAUAUGACAGACUGUUCUCCAUCUUCAGGGACAGUAUAAGAGGGAAUAAGGAUUUUUUUUAAUACAAUUAAACAUUUCAGAAUUAUGGCAUAUGCUAAAAAGCUGUUUAGCACUUUUUUAAAGUUCCUUCAUUGAAAUCUCAGGUUGGAACAAAGAUGAUAUCAUCAAGAGCAUUGAAAGUAACAUUUGAGUUUCACUCCAUAUCUGGAAGAAUUUAGCUCACAAGAUAGUUUUAGUAUAUGUUGAGUAGUAGAUGCAUGAGUGCAGUCUUUAUUCACUGUCUAAAGAACUGCCUAAUUAAAACUGUAAAUUAAGUGCGACUUGAACAUAAUUCCGUUCAUCUUGAGGAAUGUAUAGGAUAUUUGAGGAGUUUGUUUUAAAUAUAAAUUAUUAUUACUUGGAUGUUGUAACUUCAGCAGACAGAAAGGUUCUAAGAGAGUGGAUGCUUUGGAAUAUCUAUAUAAGGAAUAGACCUCCUAUUUCUUAAGCAAGUUGCUUCAGGAAUUGAUGCAACAAAGAUACUAGCUGAAGUUUAAUGGAGAAAUUGUUCUACAAACUGCUGCUAUUGGUGUUUCUCUCAGAUGUUUUCCAUUGAUGUUUGUGAUGCUUGAGAAAUCCAAAUUCUGCUUGGAUAAAUUUGUUUUAUGCCUUUUUCUCUCUACCUCCCUCCUUCCCUAGGUGCCCUUCCAUAUUCUGUUACUGUGAAACACUGUUGCCCUGUUACCUCACUUAUAAGAAAUCUUAACUGUAUUCAUUCAGACUGCUUUAAACUUAUUCCUAAGCUGUUUUUAUUUAUGGACUUUUGGUUAUUUUGUUAUUACUGUGAGAAUAUUUAAGACAUUGUAAGAAGUAAUUUUAAAUCUAUUGCAUAAUCUUUUUUGAUCUGCUUGGAUACUACUGUAUAUUAAUUUAUUAUAGCCUUUUACAAUUCACUUGUUUUCUGAGAUUGCUCUAGAAACUGAUGAAGAAAGACUCCUACUAACCAAAAUGAAUGGUCAAUUGAUCUGGCAUUUUAUUUCAGGUUUCCUUGUACUUUGGGCAUCCAAAGCACAAGCUCUGAGGAAAUAAUUUUUUUUUACAUUUGUCCCUCAAACCAUCUUACCAUAAAUCAUGAGGAGUCUAAGUGGAAAGGAGGGAAUUUCUCAUUGUUGGACUCUUUACACAGCCUAAGUUUACUCCUGGUUGGAAACAAAGUUAGUGUUUUCUGUUGGUGACUUUAAAAUAUUCACCAUACUAUUACAUUCAUUAAGACAUAUCUUCCUUUGUUAAUUCAAUACUUAAACAUAGAAGAAUGACUAAAGUGACCAAGAUAAGGGCAAAGUGGCCUAUCUUUGAAGUUUGCCUCUCGAAUUUUCCCACCAGCAUAAUCCUAAAGCAAAGGAACAUGAAUGUUUGGGGGAAGGGGCCUGAGAGCAAAAUCAGAAGCAGCCUGCACUUGAAAUUUCGUGUUCUGUCUUGAAAAUGUGAUUUUUGCAUUCUCCGUAAUAAAACUGUUUCAGUGAAAAAUGAUGCCUUCAGUCUUCGUGGAAACUGAUGCCACCAGAAAGAGGCACCAUGUUUAUCAUGUGGGCUCUCAGUUUUCUCCCCCAUCCCCUGCCUCAGUUGCUAUAUACCCCUGAGGGGAUACACGCUGACUCUAGUGUGACAAAUAUACGUAGAAUGUACAUAAGAUAUUCCCUUUAGAAGGUGACCUUUGAAGAUAUUAAUGCCAAGUUGAAGUGACCUGAAAUAGUUUUAGUACCACUGAACCUUAUAAUAUAACCCAAGGCAUUUACCAGUUUGUUCACAUUAAUUAUUAGCAUCCCUAGGCUAGGAAGGAGCACCUGACUCUCAGCUCCCUGAAAGCAGGGAUCAUGGUUUAUUAUUUUUCAUAUCCACACCACCCACCACCUGUUAUAGAGUACUUAGUUGGUGAAAAUAGGAAUUAUGGAAUUUUAUUCUAAAGAAACAAAUAGUUUAGGCAGUCGAAAACAUGACUUUUCUGAUUCAGCUUUUAAAACAGUCUUCAGUACUGAUAUGUACACUAAGUAAUGUUUAUCAAGCAUGCACACUCUUAUAUACUCUGUUUCUUUGGCAAGAGGAGAGCAUAUUCCUAUUUUGAAACUGUAUGUAAUGCCUACUAUUUUACACUCAAAGCAAGAUGCUGGCCAAGAAGGUUAAGAAAAUAUCUGUGUAGAUUUGGUAUCACUAGUAUUAGUGCUGUUAUAAGCCUACUAAUGCUGCCUUCCAAGGGAGUCACAACUAAUUGGAUACUGUUUGAUAAAUUUUUGUCCAGUGUAUGAUUCAUCAUAUGUCUGAAGAGAGCCACCCAAACAAGAUUUGCACCUGUAUGUGAUGAGGCCUUGUGUUAUAGGCUGAAACAAACUCUUUGUAUGUCAUUGAAUAUGCCAGAUAAAAUAUAUGCAGUUAAGAGUUAAUUAUUUUUCUGUAUACCAGUAGUCCAAAAUUGUACCCUUGUUUUAAUAGUUUCUGUCAAUAUCUUCUCAUUUUUCCUUACAGACUACCAGGGUGUAUCAUAAAUACUCCCUAUGAGAAUUUGCACUUUAAGUAUUUGUGUGCGUGGUUUUAGCCAAAUGAAGUGUUAUCAGUAAUAAACAGGUCUCUUCAUAGG